GGCGCGUUUGUCCCGGGGUCUUGUAGCAUGUAGCUAAGUGUUAGUUGCCUUUUGCUGAUGGAAGUAUCACUAAUUGAAAAUUAAAAAAAUAAAAUAAAAAUGGCGCUCUCGAUGGAAACGCAGCUGCAAAGCAUCUUUGAGGAUGUUGUGAAAACAGAGAUGAUAGAAGAGGCUUUUGCUGGGAUGUUUAUGGACACUCCAGAGGACGAGAGGACUAAACUGAUCAGCUGUCUUGGGGCCUUCAGACAUUAUUGGGGAACACUACCACAAGAAUCUCAUGAACAGUGUGUGCAGUGGAUAGUGCGGUUUAUACACAGCCAGCAUAGUCCCAAAAGGAUCUCCUUCCUCUAUGAUUGUCUAGCAAUGGCUGUUGAGACCAGCCUGUUAACACCAAGGAUGGUGUGUGUGGCUCUCAUAAGCUCAGACAGUUUGGAGUGGGAGAGGACGCAGCUGUGGGCGUUAACAUUCAAACUGAUUCGCAAAAUCAUUGGAGGAGUGGACUACAAGGGUGUUCGGGACCUGCUGAAAGCUGUACUGGAUAAAAUUCAAACUAUUCCCACCACGGUCAGCUCAGCAAUAGUCCAACAGCUUCUUGCUGCAAGAGAGGUGGUUGAAUACAUCCUGGACAGAAAUGCUUGCCUCUUGCCAGCAUACUUUGCCAUCAAUGAAAUCAGAAAACUUUAUCCAGAGGGGCAGCUGUCACACUGGCUUCUUGGGAGUUUGAUAUCAGACUUUGUGGACAGUUUCAGACCCACAGCCAGAAUCAACUCAAUCUGUGGUCGAUGCAGUUUGUUACCUGUAGUGAAUAACAGCGGGGCCAUCUGUAACUCCUGGAAAUUAGACCCCACUACUCUCCGCUUCCCUCUGAAAGGAAUGCUGCCUUAUGACAAGGACCUGUUUGAGCCACAGACGGGCCUCCUGCGCUAUGUGUUAGAGCAGCCGUAUUCAAGAGAAAUGGUGUGCAACAUGUUAGGACUCAACAAGCAGCAAAAGCAGCGCUGCCCAGUGCUCGAGGAGCAGCUGGUGGACCUUGUUGUGUACGCAAUGGAGCGCUCCGAGACUGAGGAACACUUUGACGCCGAUAUCGGGGGAACGAGCCAGCUGCUGUGGCAGCACCUCUCUUCUCAACUCAUCUUCUUUGUGCUGUUUCAGUUUGCAAGCUUCCCACACAUGGUGCUGUCUUUACACCAGAAGCUUGCAGGUCGAGGCCUCAUCAAAGGGCGAGACCACUUGAUGUGGGUCUUGCUUCAGUUCAUUUCAGGAAGUAUUCAGAAGAACGCCUUAGCCGACUUUCUGCCUGUCAUGAAGCUCUUUGACCUGCUUUACCCAGAGAAAGAGUGCAUUCCAGUUCCUGACAUCAACAAGCCCCAGUCGACUCAUUCCUUCGCCAUGACCUGCAUCUGGAUCCACCUGAACCGCAAAGCUCAGAACGACAACUCUAAACUGCAGAUACCCAUUCCACACUCCCUGAAACUGCACCAUGAGUUUCUCCAGCAGUCACUGCGCAACAAAUCUUUGGGUAUGUCCGACUAUAAGAUCGCCCUGCUGUGUAACGCCUACAGCACCAACUCUGAGUGCUUCACACUGCCAAUGGGCGUCCUGGUGGAGACCAUCUACGGAAACGGAUCACUGAGGAUCAACCUACCUGGCACCAACUGCAUCGCAUCAGGAUCGGUCACCCCGCUGCCCAUGAACCUGCUGGAUUCACUCACAGUACACGCAAAGAUGAGUCUGAUCCACAGUAUUGCCACGCGGGUCAUAAAGCUGGCCAGCACAAAGUCCAGCCAGGCCCUGGCCCCUGCGCUGGUUGAAACAUACAGCAGACUGUUGGUCUACAUGGAGAUCGAGUCUCUGGGCAUCAAAGGAUUCAUCAGCCAGCUGCUGCCCAAUGUGUUUAAGUCUCACGCGUGGGGAAUCCUUCACACGCUGCUGGAGAUGUUCAGCUACAGGAUGCACCACAUUCAGCCGCACUACAGAGUCCAGCUGCUGAGUCAUCUGCACAGUCUGGCUGGUGCCCAGACCAACCAGAACCAGCUACAUCUAUGUGUGGAGAGCACAGCUCUUCGGUUGAUCACAGCUUUGGGGAGUUCAGAGGUGCAGCCUCAGUUCACUCGCUUCCUCAGCGACCCAAAGACGGUUCUGUCAGCCGAGUCUGAAGAGCUGAACCGAGCACUGAUCCUUACCCUGGCCAGAGCCACACACGUCACUGAUUUUUUCACAGGGUCGGACUCCAUCCAUGGGACUUGGUGUAAAGAAAUCCUCCAGACCAUCAUGAACUUCACGCCUCAUAACUGGGCCUCACACACGCUGUCCUGCUUCCCUGCCCCGCUACAGGCGUUCUUCAAGCAGAACAACGUUCCUCAGGAGUCUCGUUUCAACCUGAAGAAGAACGUGGAAGAGGAGUACAGGAAGUGGAAGUCCAUGACGAAUGAGAACGACAUCAUUACACACUUCUCCAUGCAGGGUUCGCCCCCGCUGUUCCUCUGUCUGCUGUGGAAGAUGCUGCUGGAGACGGACCAUAUCAACCAGAUAGGCUUCAGGGUCUUGGAACGCAUCGGGGCUCGUGCGCUCGUGGCUCACGUCCGGACAUUUGCCGACUUCCUCGUCUACGAGUUCUCCACAUCAGCCGGUGGACCUCAGCUCAAUAAGUGCAUUGAAAUGCUGAACGACAUGGUCUGGAAACACAACAUCGUUACGCUGGACAGACUCAUCCUGUGUCUGGCCAUGCGCAGCCACGAGGGCAAUGAGGCUCAGGUUUGUUACUUCAUAAUCCAGCUACUGCUGCUAAAACCCAACGACUUCAGGAACCGAGUCAACGAUUUUGUGAAGGAGAACGCUCCUGAGCACUGGCUGCAGAGUGACUGGCACAACAAACACAUGAGCUACCACAAGAAAUACCCAGAGAAGCUGUACUUUGAGGGACUUGCUGAGCAAGUCAACCCCCCCAUGCAGCACCAGACUCAGUACCUGCCCAUCUACUUUGGCAAUGUGUGCCUUCGCUUCCUGCCUGUCUUUGACAUCGUCAUCCACCGCUUCCUGGAGCUCAUUCCUGUCUCCAAGUCUCUGGAGACGCUGCUGGACCAUCUGGGAGGGCUGUACAAGUUCCAUGAUCGCCCAGUCACCUACUUGUACAACACACUUCACUAUUACGAACGACAUCUGAGAGACAGAACCAAUCUGAAGAGGAAACUGGUCCAUGCCAUCAUGUCUUCACUAAAAGACAACCGCACACCUGGUUGGUGCCUCAGUGAGACCUACCUGAAGCUUGGCAUGAACCCCCGAGAGGACAAUGUGUGGCUCCCUGAUGACACGUACUACUGCAAGCUGAUUGGCCGCCUUGUGGACACUAUGGCUGGCAAGUCGCCCGGUCCUUUCCCCAACUGUGACUGGAGAUUCAACGAGUUCCCCAACCCCGCGGCCCACGCCCUGCACGUCACCUGCGUGGAGCUCAUGGCUCUGGCUGUGCCCGGCAAAGAUGUGGGCAACGCUUUGCUCAAUGUUGUGUUGAAAAGCCAACCCCUGGUUCCCAGAGAGAGCAUCACAGCUUGGAUGAACGCCAUUGGACUUGUGAUAACUGCGCUUCCUGAGCCCUACUGGAUCGUUCUGCACGACCGCAUCUCGACGGUGAUCAUCCCGGCGCUGACAUCCGAGACCGAGUGGGCGGGUUAUCCAUUCGCCCUGCUGGACUUCACAGCGUGCCACCAGAGCUACAGCGAAAUGAAUUGCAGCUACGUGCUAGCAUUAGCGCACGCUGUGUGGCAUCACUCAUCCAUUGGACAGCUGUCUCUCAUUCCCAAAUUCCUCUCAGAGACCCUGAAGCCCGUCGUCCAGACAGAGUUCCAGUUGCUCUAUGUGUAUCACCUGGUGGGGCCGUUCCUGCAGCGCUUCCAGCAAGAGAGGACGAGAUGCAUGUUGGAGAUUGGUGUUGCCUUCUAUGAGAUGCUCCAGGCUGUGGACCAACACUGCCAACAUCUGAGCUACAUGGACCCAAUCUGUGACUUCCUGUAUCACAUCAAAUACAUGUACACUGGAGACAGUGUGAAGGAGCAGGUGGAGAAAAUAAUCAUGACCCUGCGUCCGGCCAUGAAGCUUCGUCUUCGCUUCAUCACACACAGCAGCCUGACAGAGUCCUCAUCGUCGGUUGCCGCUGCAGCUGCCGCCGCCGCCGCUGCUGCGGCCGCUGCCGCCGCUGCUGCCUCUGCUGCUUCCUCCGCCUCCUCGUCUUCCUCCACCCCUCAGCCCACCGCCUCCACCUCGCUGUCAGCAUCCUCUGCCGCAGCCUCGCCUUCCACCGCACAGCAUGCACACACACCCAUGUAGGUUAAGACAAACACAGGUACCCUCGCAAAGACGGACAUUUACUCAGAAUAACAUCACAGACUGAUUUAUUUGGAGUUAUUUUUUAACUUUUUUUUUUGGGACAGAACUGUACUCUGAAGAACCCUGGGGUGCUGACUGUAUUUUCCAGGAAUGAUUGUUGUUAAUGUUUCAACAUAAACUUGUUUAACGUGUGUUUAAAACUUUGUAUUUCUAGAACCUCAGCUUGUACCAAAAUGACAAAAAAAACAAGCUGGUUUUGCUGUAGAACUCUAAAAAUGAAUUACAUAAUUCAGAGGACGUCACAUUACAUGUAGCAUACAGAAAACAAUAUGACUAUUUAAAAUGUAGUCAUAAAGUAAAUACUGCAUAAAGAACAUUCAGAAGGGUCGGAAUGAACCCAAAUUUCUCUUUGUAUUACAGCAUCUUUUUAAGUUUUCUGUUUGUCAUUUUUUAUACUGUACAUUAUUAUUACUGCAUUAAAAAAAGAUCUUGGUUAAAUG